AUGCUUGAGCCACAUAACGGGAGUAGCAUCCCUAGUAUCAUGGUUGCGAUUGCAGUGACCGUGAGCCAGAUAUGCCGUGAGGCUGAGGCUGCCAUCUUUCAUGAACAACUGCGCUCUGAUCUUAAGCGAGCUCGUGAAUUUCAGGGAAUGCAUAUCACUGACCCGAUGCAAACAGCCGCGCAUGCUGCUGUAGAGGCAGCCUGCAGAGCACACGCUUCCGCUAUCUUCGUAGUCACCUCGACUGGCAAGUGGGUCUUACUUUACUUUUGUUUUGUUGCCAGGAUUUCUUUUCAUUUUUGGUUCUAA